AUGACUCGUGAAACUAAGCUCAAAAAAUUUACUCGCCAACUUCGUUCAGGAAAGUGUGACAUCGCAAAUGUUACAAACCAAUAUCUAGAAGACACUGUGAAACUUCUUUGUCGUAAACUUAGACGGAAUGAGAUAUCGAAAAAUGAACACAGUAUUCGUAUUAAAGAAAUCGAGAAUCUUAAGAAUGAAAUCAAUCGAUUACAGAUUCAAAUCAAAAAUUUACAAGACGAACUUAAUAGCUUAAAAGAUGAGAACAGAAAAUUGAGACAAGAAAAUAGUAAUUUACAAGACGAACUUAAUAGUUUACAUGAUACAGAUGAGAACAGAAAAUUGAGACAAGAAAAUAGUAAUUUACAUGAUACAUUAAUCGGUCUUUGCAACAAUUUCGGUUUAAUCCAAAUUAAUGAUGGGAAUGAAAAUAGCAAACAAAUUCAAGAAAAGAAUCAAGAAGUGAUAAACUUACACAGAAGGAUUAGAAAGAUACUUGAAGAAUAUAAGCAAAAAUAUGAACGAGAUUCCACCGGAUCCUCGAAAAUUACCGAAAUUAUCGAGAUGGAGAUGGAAAUUACUCAAAAAAAAGAAUGGGAAAAAAUUGAAAUUACAGAAAUUUUAGCUGAAAUUGGUUUUCAUUUAGAUCCAAAAUCCCUUCUAGCCUUUUCAUUAGAAAAAAGUUAUUUUAACGAUUUUGAGGGAAAUGAUCCAAUAAAGAAUUUGUUUAUGGUGAUUCAUUCGGUAGAUUGUUAUCAGCUAGUGGGGUAUUAUAUGGACCCUUCUAUUCGCCACAGUGAUUUUGCAUCUCAUUUGUUAUUUUUCCUACGUAAAGACGUUGACAACGCUCUUUCAGAAUAUAAAAUGUUACCAAAAAAUUUACGAUCCGAAUGGAUAGAAAAGAAAUCAAAUUUCGUUCAAGAAUACCAAAUCAGUCUUUUGAAAAUGAAACAUCCUUUAAUUACCGAUGAAAACAUUCAAGUUAUUUUAGGAAAUGCUACAUUUCAUUUUCAAGAUGAUUAUAACCUUCAAGAUAAUUUAGAUUAUAUUCUUUAA